CGCCAUUUAUUCAUAUUGGCAUCAAUUCAAGCUCUCGUAUAGGAGUAUCCAAGUAUAUCGCUCACUGCUCUUGAUCACUUGCUGUUUUGCAGUUUUACACCAGACCUGUGUCAUUAUUAUUGAAUUGACAAUUUUUAUUGCUCAUUAGAAAUAAUUACGUUUCAAGUGAUAACGAAAAAAAGAAUAAUUAUUACAAAACUAUGGAUAAACUUUAAUAUAAGCACUUCAUUAUAAAAUGUUUGUUACUUGUUUUAAGCUAACCUUAAUAUUUCUACAAAGAAUAACUGUUAAUGAGAAUCUUUCAAAGAUUAGUAAAUUAAACUAUCGUCAAUUUGCUUUAUGUAUAUUGUUACCAUCAAAUGUGAAAUGUUAAUGAUAUAAAAAUAUAGAAAACACUGUACUGCUGAGAUUGACAUAAAUCAAAUAAAUAAAUGAAAAUGUCAUCUGUCCAUGAACAAUCUGGACAUGAAAAAGAAACUGAUAGUGAUGACAAAGCUGCAAAUGAAAAUAAGCCUACAUGUAUAAUUGUACUUGGCAUGGCUGGAUCUGGUAAAACAACAUUUGUUACAAAGUUAGUAUCAAAGCUUUAUGACAAUGGACAACCAUAUGUUAUUAAUUUGGAUCCUGCAUGCAAUGAGGUCCCUUAUCCAGUUAACAUUGACAUAAGAGAUACAGUCAAUUACAAAGAAAUCAUGAAACAGUACAGUUUAGGACCUAACGGAGGAAUCGUUACAUCAUUAAAUUUGUUUUCAACAAAAUUUGAUCAAGUUGUAGAGCUUGUAAAAAAAACUGAAAAGAAAUAUGAAUACGUUGUGAUUGAUACACCAGGACAGAUUGAAGUGUUUACUUGGUCUGCCAGUGGUGCUAUUAUAACAGAAGCACUAGCUUCUCAUUUUCCAACAAUUAUUGUUUAUGUGAUGGAUUCUGUGAGAAGCAUUAAACCAGUUACAUUUAUGUCAAAUAUGUUAUAUGCUUGUUCAAUUUUGUACAAAACUAAUAAAUUACCAUUGGUUGUUGUUAUGAACAAAAUUGACAUUGUAGACAACAGUUACGCUAUAGAAUGGAUGCAAGAUUUUGAGGCAUUUCAAGAAGUUUUAGAUUCUGAAACUACGUACAUCAGUAGUUUAACUAGAAGCAUGGCACUUGCUCUCGAUGAAUUUUACAAUAACCUUCAUUGCUGUGGGGUUUCAGCCAUUACAGGAGUCGGUAUUCCAGAAUUUAUGAAAUUAGUAGGAGAAGCAGAAAAAGAAUAUUUUGAAAAAUAUCGAGUUCGAUGGCAAAAAAUCCGAGAAAAACAAAUAAAGGAACAAGAAGAAAAAGAAGAAAAUCAGUUAAAAAAUGCUACCAAAGCUAUGUCAGGAGAAAACAUUCCUUUAAUUACUGCAGUUAGUAGUGGAAGAGAAGUUCUGGAUAUUUAUUUGAAGCAUCCUGCUGAUGAAUCUAGUGAAGAUGAAGAAGGUACAGAAAAUGCUGCAGGAGAUGAUGAAAACGAGACAAAAGAAGCUGAAUCUUUCCAAAAAUUUUUAAAAAAUUAUAAAAAGGUGGCUGACAAAAAAAUUCCUCAUCAAAAAUAAAAUUCAAAUAGCAGACAUUUUUGAAUGUAUAUUUUUUGAUUAUUCUAUUAAAAAUGUUUACAAAAAUAAAUCAUCUUACUUAUAUUUUUAAUUCUAUGCUUCAUUUUCUUCAGGAU